CCAAUCAGAGCUAGCCAAUACAAGAGUGCCUCCCCUUCUUCCAUUUCCUUAAAUCAAACCCUAGCUUAAAUCCAACACUAGCUUUCUCUCUCUUUAAUUAAUUUGCAUGCAAAGUAAUUUCAAUGGAGUUUCAGUUCCAACGGCCGCAGCAAGUUUCCUUUGCAGCUGCAGGCAUUCCAAAAAGCAGCAGCAAAGUAGGGAAGUUGAAGGGAAGAAAUAAUAAUAGUAGAAGCAACAACAACGCAAACAAGUUUGUUGGCGUGAGACAGAGGCCUUCGGGGAGAUGGGUUGCCGAGAUCAAAGGCACUACUCAAAAAAUAAGGAUGUGGCUCGGAACCUUUGAGACCGCGGAGGAGGCUGCCCGUUCUUAUGAUGAAGCCGCCUGCCUUCUUCGCGGUUCAAACGCUCGAACCAACUUCAUCACCCACGUAUCUUUGGACUCCCCUCUCGCUUCUCGCAUUCGGAAUUUACUCAACACGAAAAAAGGAGGAGGAGGAGGAGGAGGAGGAGCCACUAAACAACUAGCACUACUACAACACCAAAGCAGUAGUACUAGCACUACUACUAGUACUAGUUCUGAUCAUGAUCAUCUGCCGCCUCCGUCUAAACAACUAGUACGUAAAAGUAGUACUAGUACUACUUGUACUUCAACUAGCAGCGGCAGCGACACAACUUCCCUUUCGAGCGAGGUGUUUCAUGAUAAUUCUCUGCUGUUUGACGAUGUCUACAAACCGGAUUUGAGAAACUGCAACGAGGACUUUGAGUUGAGUUCUUCCUCCAAUACUUCUCAAUCCAACCUGCCUUCAUGGGGGUCAUAUCAAACGGGGGUUGACUGCUUCUCGUUUGCUCAACAAGCGUUUGAGUUUCCGAAACAUCAGGCGGCGGCUGCUUUGUCCUCGGCGGAGAGUAAUACGACUACUACUAGUACUAUUUGUACGGCAGGUGAAGCUGAUUCGGGGCUGAUGGAUUUCGAAAGGUUGAAAGUGGAGAGACAGAUAUCGGCUUCGCUUUAUGCAAUGAAUGGGAUGCAAGAGUAUAUGGAAACAGUUCAUGAUCCUAACGAAGCGCUCUGGGAUCUUCCGCCGCUGUGUUCUUUGUUCUGCUAAUUAAUUAGGAUCAGUUGAAUUGAAGGUUUUGUUGUUGGUGGCCAUGCACGGAAGUUGGAUCUCUCUUUCUCUUCAAUUAUUCUUGCAAUUGUCAACUGAGAAACUGUUAAGAGAUUAAGAUGAUCAGAAAUUUAUUUGUAUUAACUUAUUCUUGCGGAUUUAAUUCAAGAUCGAUAUCUGCUGGAACAUACACACACACAUACAUGGAGACAAGUUAAUUACACUUAAUGUUAUUCAAAGGUUUCCUAGCUACCUCAACGAAUGUAAUUGAUAUCUUAUUUGUUAUAAAGUAAGCAUCCCUAAUUUCUCUACAGCUUAAAACAAGAAACUCCGAGGAGAUGUACGUUACGACAAAAUCGUGGGCAAUUUCACCUUCGUCCAUGCGGAGUAAUUGUGGUAGAUUUAAAGGUUAUUGAAAUUGUGGUCCAAAA